AUGGACGAAGAAGACAAGCCUUCCUGCCAAUUGGUCUAUGUGAAACCUACCGUGGAAAACACAAUUGCAUACAACCGUUUCAAGCGCACACAACCAUUAAUCAAUGGGGUACCGAUGAUCAAUGUACCUUCGAACGACCUACUCGUGCUCUUCGGCGGAGGAAGAGACAUCGAGCUGCGCACCCUUCAAGACCCGCAGACAAUCAUAGCUUCAAUUGACCUAUUCGUGCUAAACAAUGCCAUCUUGCUAUGGUUCGAUAAUCAAAACUGUGGAAUUGCCGUCCCCUACGACAGCAUAAUCUACCAUGGUUCACUGAAAUCUAGCCAGGAGCGAGAGGGCCAUCAAUUAGCACUUAUAUUGACUUUAGAGAGAGACCCACUGUUGGACAAACUAAUAGUGUCGCCACAAUCUCAAGAAUGCACAGCUCCGAGCCUGGAACUGACACUACGACCCGCCUACUCGCUCUACGACCGCCACUACAACGCGGAGAUAGACAUGCUAUUCAGCUUCGAGGAUUUCGGCGUAAACAGGGGCGACGAACUAAUCAACAAUUGCAACCAGGCGAUAGCCACCUGCCUGGAGAUUUACAACGCAGAGCCCGACAACGAAGAAGACGAAGCCGACGAGAACGGAGCCGACCAAGAAGAGAUGGCCUUCGAUCUGUAG